AUGACCAAAACUGUUCCCCCGAAGACGCCGGCCUACGAAGACGCCGUAGGAUGCCAGAUCGCAUUGUUCGAAUGGGCCGAGAGCUACGACACCAAAGACUGGAGCCGUCUGGCAAAAUGCAUCGCGCCAACCCUCCGCAUUGACUACCGGAACGUAAUCGGCAAGCUGUGGGAGGCCAUGCCCGCCGACGAGUUCCUGGCGAUGGCAUCUAGCGAGAAAUUCCUGGGCAACGCGCGCAUCAAAACGCAGCAUUUUGUCGGCGCUGGGAAGUUGGUGCAGACCCAUGAGGACCGAAUCACCGGCCACCAUCAGAUGCGGGUUGCGCAUCAGAAGUACAAUGAUGAUGCGUUGACGGAGGUCUUGUAUACGGGCCAUGGCCAUGGAAAGGCUACUGUGCAGUUUUGCUUGGUUGAUGGGGUGUGGAAGUUUGCCGGCCUGGAGCCGGACAUUCGCUGGGCUGAGCAUGAUCUGGAGAAGAUUUUUGAAUAG